AUGGGAAACGUUCCUACAAUCUGUGAAAAGGGACGCCUCUGCUUUGGCUUUUAUCUGGCUCUGCUGAUUUUGUUUGGAGAGCAUGUUCGGGCUCAGAUAAGGUACUCUGUUCCUGAGGAGGUAAAAGACGGGACUGUGGUGGGAAACAUCGCCAAGGAUCUUGGGCUCGACAUCAGCAGCUUGACCGAUCGACGGUUCCGCGUCGUGUCUGGAUCCAAGGAGUCUAUUUUUGAGGUAAAUACGAACAAUGGGGCUCUGUAUGUGCACAAACAUAUUGACAGAGAAGAGCUGUGCCAGGGCGGUGCUGCAUGUCUCCUGGAGCUCAAAAUCAUUGUGGAAAACCCUCUUGAAAUCCACUACGUGCUGGUCGAAAUCGCAGACGUGAACGACCACGCUCCGAGCUUCCCCGAAGGCGAGCAGGUGUUCGAAAUCGCCGAGCACACUUUGCCAGGGAGGAGAUUUCAAUUGCACACAGCCCGGGAUCCAGAUGCAGGGACCAACUCCAUCCGUACAUACACCUUGACGCAAAAUGAUCAUUUUGAGGUCAAUAUCCGUCAAAGCGACGUGGGGAAGGUCCCAUUUCUGGUGCUGAAGAAAUCUUUGGACCGGGAACACAAGGACAAACAUUCGCUGCUGGUCACAGCGGUCGAUGGAGGUAAACCUCCACUUUCAGGCACUCUAAAUGUGUCCAUUGUUGUUCUUGACAUCAAUGACAAUAGACCCAUUUUUAGCCAGGAGAUUUAUGAAAUUACAAUUGCAGAAAAUAUUGAAACUGGCACUUCCGUAUUCAGAGCGAACGCAACAGAUCCAGAUGAAGGAAGUAAUGGAGAAAUUGACUACAUCUUUUCAAAAACGUUAAGCAGAGAUAUUUAUGACAUUUUUGAAAUGGAUAAAGGAACUGGAGAGAUUUAUGUAAAAGGAAAAAUUGAUUUUGAAGAAAAAGAUGUGUAUGAGCUGGAAAUUGAUGCAUCAGAUAAAGGAACACCUCCUCUGACAGGAGAAUGUAGAAUUAUAAUAAAAAUCAAAGAUGUCAAUGACAAUACUCCACAAAUAGAAGUGACAUCAUUGUCAAAAAAAGUGUCUGAAGAUUCUAAACCCGGUACAGUUAUUUCCCUUAUUAGUGUCACAGAUAAAGACUCCGGUGUGAAUGCUAAAGUUAUUUCACAAAUUACAAAUAACGUACCAUUUGAAUUAAAACCGUCUUACAAGGAGAACAUGUACUCAGUUGUCACCAAAACAUUUUUGGAUAGAGAGGAUGUGCCACAAUAUGAAUUAAUAAUAAAAGCUAUAGAUUGUGGUAAGCCUCCUCUAUCGGCGAUUAAAACUCUGAGCAUCCAAGUGGCUGACGUAAAUGAUAACAGUCCACAUUUUGAACAAACUCCGUUAGAAUUCUAUCUUUUUGAAAACAAUAUUGCCGGAGCAUAUGCAUUUUCCGUGAGUGCAACAGAAAAAGACGUAGAUGAAAAUGGGGCCAUUUCAUAUCAAAUAUUUAGAGAUGGAAAGACAAAUGACAUUGCAUCUUUCCUCAACAUUAAUUCUGACAAUGGACAAAUUUCAGCCCUGAAAAGCUUUGACUUUGAGACACUGAAAAGUUUCCAAUUCCAAGUGGUGGCGACCGAUGGUGGAAGUCCUCCACUGAGCAGCAACGUGACAGUGAAGGUGUUCAUUCUGGAUCAGAACGACAACGCUCCAGUCAUCCUGUAUCCAGUCAGCUCCAACGGUUCUGCCGAAGGAGUGGAAGAAAUUCCCCGGAAUCUCAAAGCAGGAGACUUGGUGACUAAAGUCCGAGCCUAUGAUGCCGAUAUCGGAUACAACGGCUGGUUGCUGUUUUCGCUGCAGCAAGUCAGCGACCACAGUCUGUUUUCGUUGGAUCGCUACACGGGCCAGAUCCGAACACUUCGUUCCUUCACGGAGACGGACGAGGCUGAGCAUCGACUGCUCAUCCUGGUCAAAGACAACGGCAACGGACGGCAUAUUGUUCAUAAAAGAAGAGAGGAUAUCGUGUCUUUGAUGUCUGUUGGAACGAUGGGGAGUGGAAAAGGUUGCGGCCGCUGGCUGGCUUUUGUUUUGUCUCUGCUUUUUUAUUUGGGAGAACGAGCUUGGGCUGAACUUCGUUACUCCGUUCCAGAGGAGGUGAAAGAGGGAACUGUGGUUGGAAACGUUGCCAAGGAUCUUGGCCUGGAUAAGUAUUCUCUGGUGGAUCGACAGUUUCGCGUGGUGUCUGGUACGAAAGAAACGUUUUUCCAAGUCAGGCCGGACAGUGGUGCAUUGGUGGUCCGUCGGAAAAUCGACCGAGAAGCGCUUUGUGAGGGCAGCGCAGCGUGUGCCAUGGAGCUGAAAAUUCUCGUUGAAAACCCGCUGGAAAUGCAUCACGUCGUGGUGGAAAUUACUGACGUGAACGAUCACUCUCCGAGCUUUUCAGACGAAGAGCAGGUAUUUGAAAUAGCCGAGCAUUUGUCUCCUGGGACGCGUUUUCAGCUGCUCGCAGCUCGUGAUCCAGAUGCUGGAACGAACUCGGUGCGCACAUACACUUUGACGGCCAAUGAACAUUUUGAACUGGAUAUAAGCCCCAAUGACGAGGAGAAAAUACCUUUUAUGGUGCUGAAAAGGCCUUUAGACCGAGAACAGAAUAGUAAGCAUUUUCUAUUGGUUACUGCAGUUGAUGGGGGAAAGCCACAAAAAUCAAGCACACUAAAUGUGACAAUUAUUGUUCUUGAUACUAAUGAUAAUCGCCCAACGUUUAGUCAAGACACUUAUUCUGUGGAAAUAAAAGAAAAUGUGCCAAUUGGCGUAAGCAUUAUAAGGGUAAAUGCCACAGAUCCCGACGAAGGAACAAAUGGUGAAAUAGAAUUUAGCUUGGGCAAAACAUUGCAAAAUGUGAACGACAUUUUUGAAUUAGACAAGAUAAGUGGGCUCAUUAGGUUGAAAGGGCCUGUUGAUUUUGAGGACUCGGAGAUUUAUAGACUUGAUAUUCAUGCAUCUGAUAAAGGGCAGCCUCCUUUAACUGGGAGGUGUCGAAUUAUUGUGAAAAUAAAAGAUGUCAAUGAUAACCCUCCUGAAAUAGAAGUCACAUCCCUGUCAAGCAAAGUAUCUGAAGAUUCCAAACCCGGGACAGUGAUUUCCCUCAUUAGUGUAACGGAUAAAGACUCUGCUGUGAAUGGUAAAAUUAUUUCACAGAUUACCAAUGAUGUGCCAUUUGAAUUAAAACCUUCCUACAAAGAAAACAUUUACUCAGUCGUCACCAAGGAAUAUUUAGAUAGAGAGGAAGUGUCGCAGUACAAAAUAACCAUCACGGCGACAGACUGUGGUGAACCUCCCUUGUCUACUUUUCAAACGUUAAGCAUUCAAAUAUCAGAUGUGAAUGAUAAUAAACCACAUUUCCACCAGUACCCACUUAACUUUUACCUUUCGGAAAAUAAUAUUGCUGGACAGUCAGUGUUUUCUGUUAGCGCAACAGAUAAGGAUGUGAAUGUAAAUGCUGCUAUUUCUUACAAUAUUAUUAGAGCAGGGGUUGAAAAUGAUGUCACAUCUUUUCUACAUAUAAAUUCAGAGAAUGGGCAGAUCACUGCACUAAAAAGUUUUGACUUUGAGACGCUGAAAAGUUUCCAAUUCCAAGUGGUGGCCACCGAUGGUGGAAGUCCUCCACUGAGCAGCAACGUGACAGUGAAGGUGUUCAUUCUGGAUCAGAACGACAACGCUCCAGUCAUCCUGUAUCCAGUCAGCUCCAACAGUUCUGCCGAAGGGGUGGAGGAGAUUCCCCGCAACCUGAAAGCAGGAGACUUGGUGACUAAAGUCCGAGCCUAUGACGCCGAUAUCGGAUACAACGGCUGGUUGCUGUUUUCGCUGCAGCAAGUCAGCGACCACAGUCUGUUUUCUUUGGACCGCUACACGGGCCAGAUCCGAACACUUCGCUCCUUCACGGAGACGGACGAGGCUGAGCAUCGACUGCUCAUCCUGGUCAAAGACAACGGCAACGUUUCGCUCUCGGCAACAGCUACUGUGACCAUCAGACUUGUGGAGCCCAAAGAGGCUUUUGCAGCUUCCGAUGUCAAAAGUGCAUCAAAAGAGGACGAAGAGGACAAUGUGACUUUUUAUCUCAUCAUCACUUUGGGCUCGGUGUCGCUCCUUUUUGUCAUCAGCAUCAUCGUGCUGAUCGCCAUGCAGUGCUCCAAAUCCAUGGAGUACACUUCCAAAUAUCUGCAAGACGCCAAUUAUGAUGGCACGCUGUGUCACAGCAUCCAGUACAGAUCAGGAGACAAGCGCUACAUGCUAGUCGGACCCAGAAUGAGUAUCGGUUCGACCGUAGUUCCGGGCAGCCACGCCAACACUCUGGUGCUCCCUGACAGGAGACACACUUCGGGGGAGGUAAGACCACCAUCGCUGGGACUGGACAGAUUUAUUAUUGUUAUUAUUUUUUUUUUUGUGUGGCGCGCUCGUCUUGUUUACAUAACAAUGAAAGGAGAACGAGGACGUCAAACAAGGAGGUUAUUGUGCUUUCUUCUGCAUUCGUCUCUGCUGUUGUUUUUCGGGGAGUGUGCUUUGGCCGAGCUUCGUUACUCUAUUCCCGAGGAAAUGGCGACUGCAACUGUUGUGGGCAACGUUGCAAAAGAUCUCGGACUGGACAGAAGCUCACUGAGUGACAGGCGUUUCAGAGUGGUGUCAGAAGCCGUGGACGCAUAUUUCGAGGUAAACGCAGACAAUGGCGCCCUGCAAGUCCGACGCAAAAUUGACCGGGAGGAGCUUUGUCAGGGGAGCGCCGCCUGCUUGAUGGAGCUCAAGAUCCUGGUUGAGAAUCCCCUUGAGGUGCAUUAUAUUGUGGUGGAUAUCAUAGAUGUGAACGACCACAGUCCUGUUUUUUCCCAAAAGAAACAGAUUUUUGAAAUAGCUGAACAUUCAUCACCAGGAACACGAUUCCAGCUGCACGCAGCCAGUGAUCCAGAUGCUGGAAUGAACUCGGUGCGCACGUACACGCUAUCGCCUAAUGAACACUUUGAACUCGAUAUUGUUCAAAGUGACGAUGAAAAACUACCCUUUUUGGUUCUGAAGAGGUCAUUAGACAGAGAACAUAAAAAUAGGCACUUCCUAUUUGUUACUGCAAUAGAUGGAGGGAAACCUCAAAAGUCAGGCAUGCUUAAUGUUUCCAUUAUUGUGCUUGACAUCAAUGAUAAUCGACCCAUUUUUAAUCAGGACACUUAUAAUGUUGAAAUUUACGAAAAUGUGGCAGGUGGUACAAUUGUAACACGAGUGAACGCAACAGAUCCAGACGAAGGUACAAACGGUGAAAUAGAAUAUAGCCUGAGCAAGACUUUGGCAAGCAAAGUGUCUGAUAUUUUUGAAAUCGAUAGCUUGAGUGGCCAAAUUAAGUUGAAAGGGCCGGUGAACUACGAGGAAUCGGAGAUUUAUAAAAUAGAAAUUGAGGCCUCUGACAAAGGAACACCACCACUGACAAGCAGGUGUCGUGUGGUUGUGAAAAUAAAAGAUGUCAAUGAUAAUCCACCUGUCAUCGAAGUGACGUCACUGUCAAAUAAAGUGUUAGAGGACUCAAAGCCUGGUACGGUUAUUUCCCUUAUUAGUGUUAAGGAUAAAGACUCUGGUGUAAAUGGUAAAAUCAUUUUGCAUAUCACCAACAAUGUCCCUUUUGAAUUAAAACCUUCCUAUAAGGAGAACACAUAUUCAGUUGUUACAAAGGGAUUCUUGGAUCGUGAAGAAGUUUCUCAUUAUGAAAUAACAAUUCAAGCUACAGAUUGCGGAGAUCCUCCUUUGUCUAGUUCUAGAACAUUUGUCAUCGAGUUAUCUGACGUGAAUGACAACAAUCCAUGUUUUGAACAAAGCCCGUUUAAUUUUUACCUGGUAGAAAACAACAUCGCAGGAGCAUCAGUGUUCUCCUUAAGGGCAAUUGAUAAUGACGUGAAUGAAAAUGCGGUUAUUCAAUACAAAAUAGCUCGAACUGAGAAGGAUAACGCAGUAACAUCUUUUAUGAAUAUAAAUUCUGAAAAUGGAGACGUCGCCGCAUUAAAAAGUUUCGAUUUUGAGACUGUGAAAAGUUUCCAAUUUCAAGUAGUGGCCACCGACGGUGGAAGUCCUCCACUGAGCAGCAACGUGACAGUGAAGGUGUUCAUUCUGGAUCAGAACGACAACGCUCCAGUCAUCCUGUAUCCAGUCAGCGCCAACGGUUCUGCUGAAGGGGUGGAGGAAAUUCCCCGCAACCUGAAAGCAGGAGACUUGGUGACUAAAGUCCGAGCCUAUGAUGCCGAUAUCGGAUAUAACGGCUGGUUGCUGUUUUCGCUGCAGCAAGUCAGCGACCACAGUCUGUUUUCUUUGGACCGCUACACGGGCCAGAUCCGAACACUUCGCUCCUUCACGGAGACGGAUGAGGCUGAGCAUCGACUGCUCAUCCUGGUCAAAGACAAUGGCAACAUUUCACUGUCGGCAACAGCCACUGUGAUCGUCAAACUUGUGGAGCCCAAAGAGGCUUUUGCAGCUACCGAUGUGAAAAGUGCAGCAAAAGUGGACGAGGAGGACAACGUGACUUUUUAUCUCAUCAUCACUUUGGGCUCAGUGUCGCUCCUUUUUGUCAUCAGCAUCAUCGUGCUGAUCGCCAUGCAGUGCUCCAAAUCCACAGAGUACACUUCCAAAUAUCUGCAAGACGCCAAUUAUGAUGGCACGCUGUGUCACAGCAUCCAGUACAGAUCAGGAGACAAGCGCUACAUGCUAGUCGGACCCAGAAUGAGUAUCGGUUCCACCGUAGUCCCGGGCAGCCACGCCAACACUCUGGUGCUCACUGACACGCGACACAAUUGUGAUGAAAAACACUUGUGUCUGGUACCGGAACUGGGUUCGGUUCUGUGUUGGAUAACCAUGGGAAACGGUACUACAAUCUGUGAAAAGGGACGCAUCUGCUUUGGCUUUUAUCUGGCUCUGCUGAUUUUGUUUGGAGAGCAUGUUCGGGCUCAGAUAAGGUACUCUGUUCCCGAGGAGGUAAAAGACGGGACUGUGGUGGGAAACAUCGCCAAGGAUCUUGGGCUCGACAUCAGCAGCUUGACCGAUCGACGGUUCCGCGUCGUGUCUGGAUCCAAGGAGUCUAUUUUUGAGGUAAAUACGAACAAUGGGGCUCUGUAUGUGCACAAACAUAUUGACAGAGAAGAGCUGUGCCAGGGCGGUGCUGCAUGUCUCCUGGAGCUCAAAAUCAUUGUGGAAAACCCUCUUGAAAUCCACUACGUGCUGGUCGAAAUCGCAGACGUGAACGACCACGCUCCGAGCUUCCCCGAAGGCGAGCAGGUGUUCGAAAUCGCCGAGCACACUUUGCCAGGGAGGAGAUUUCAAUUGCACACAGCCCGGGAUCCAGAUGCAGGGACCAACUCCAUCCGUACAUACACCUUGACGCAAAAUGAUCAUUUUGAGGUCAAUAUUCGUCAAAGCGACGUGGGGAAGGUCCCAUUUCUGGUGCUGAAGAAAUCUUUGGACCGGGAACACAAGGACAAACAUUCGCUGCUGGUCACUGCGGUCGAUGGAGGUAAACCUCCACUUUCAGGCACUCUAAAUGUGUCCAUUGUUGUUCUUGACAGCAAUGACAAUAGACCCAUUUUUAGCCAGGAGAUUUAUGAAAUUACAAUUACAGAAAAUAUUGAAACUGGCACGUCCAUAUUCAGAGUGAACGCAACAGAUCCAGAUGAAGGAAGUAAUGGAGAAAUUGACUACAUCCUUUCAAAAACGUUAAGUAGAGAUAUUUAUGACAUUGUUGAAAUGGAUAAAGGAACUGGAGAGAUUUAUGUAAAAGGAAAAAUUGAUUUUGAAGAAAAAGAUGUGUAUGAGCUGGAAAUUGAUGCAUCAGAUAAAGGAACACCUCCUCUGACAGGAGAAUGUAGAAUUAUAAUAAAAAUCAAAGAUGUCAAUGACAAUACUCCACAAAUAGAAGUGACAUCAUUGUCAAAAAAAGUGUCUGAAGAUUCUAAACCCGGUACAGUUAUUUCCCUUAUUAGUGUCACAGAUAAAGACUCCGGUGUGAAUGCUAAAGUUAUUUCACAAAUUACAAAUAACGUACCAUUUGAAUUAAAACCGUCUUACAAGGAGAACAUGUACUCAGUUGUCACCAAAACAUUUUUGGAUAGAGAGGAUGUGCCACAAUAUGAAUUAAUAAUAAAAGCUAUAGAUUGUGGUAAGCCUCCUCUAUCGGCGAUUAAAACUCUGAGCAUCCAAGUGGCUGACGUAAAUGAUAACAGUCCACAUUUUGAACAAACUCCGUUAGAAUUCUAUCUUUUUGAAAACAAUAUUGCCGGAGCAUAUGCAUUUUCCGUGAGUGCAACAGAAAAAGACGUAGAUGAAAAUGGGGCCAUUUCAUAUCAAAUAUUUAGAGAUGGAAAGACAAAUGACAUUGCAUCUUUCCUCAACAUUAAUUCUGACAAUGGACAAAUUUCAGCCCUGAAAAGCUUUGACUUUGAGACACUGAAAAGUUUCCAAUUCCAAGUGGUGGCGACCGAUGGUGGAAGUCCUCCACUGAGCAGCAACGUGACAGUGAAGGUGUUCAUUCUGGAUCAGAACGACAACGCUCCAGUCAUCCUGUAUCCAGUCAGCUCCAACGGUUCUGCCGAAGGAGUGGAAGAAAUUCCCCGGAAUCUCAAAGCAGGAGACUUGGUGACUAAAGUCCGAGCCUAUGAUGCCGAUAUCGGAUACAACGGCUGGUUGCUGUUUUCGCUGCAGCAAGUCAGCGACCACAGUCUGUUUUCGUUGGAUCGCUACACGGGCCAGAUCCGAACACUUCGUUCCUUCACGGAGACGGACGAGGCUGAGCAUCGACUGCUCAUCCUGGUCAAAGACAACGGCAACCUUGUGGAGCCCAAAGAGGCUUUUGCAGCGUCUGAUGUGAAAAGUGCAGCAAAAGUGGACGAGGAGGACAACGUGACUUUUUAUCUCAUUAUCACUUUGGGCUCGGUGUCGCUCCUUUUUGUCAUCAGCAUCAUCGUGCUGAUCGCCAUGCAGUGCUCCAAAUCCACAGAGUACACUUCCAAAUAUCUGCAAGACGCCAAUUAUGAUGGCACGCUGUGUCACAGCAUCCAGUACAGAUCAGGAGACAAGCGCUACAUGCUCGUCGGACCCAGAAUGAGUAUCGGUUCCACCGUAUUCCCGGGCAGCCACGCCAACACUCUGGUGCUCCCUGACAGGAGGCAUACGUCAGGGGAGCUGGCAUCCAAACUCCACACAUUUGAGUCGUGUUCGGACGUCACGUGUUCACCGCCAUCGUGA